GAUUGUGAUAAUGCAAUAAAUAAAUUUAUACGCAUUCAACCCCACUGUCCGACUACAGAAUUUGUAAUCAUCGUUGUUCUGGCUAUUAAAACCACUUUUCCAACAAAUUCAAAUUCAGGUGUCAGUUCAGUGGUGGCAAUACCCAAAAUG